CUGAACUCGUAGUCUGUCAAACACAAAGACACGGCGCACAGAAGAUUUCCUCCUCCAGUCUGCUUUGUCUCAUUUCAUCUGCCUCUGAACUGAGAUGCCUGUAUCGACGCGAUCAAUCAGAGACCGGUCUGCAGUGGGUCGGUUUCCUAUUGUCACGUUUGGAUUUGGGGAGGACACAGAGGAAGAAAAGGAAGCCUCAGAGGAAGACAAUUCUGAGCAGGGAAAUGCAGGCCAGACAUGGCUGCGUAAAAUCUGCCCGUGCUGCUGUCCCCAGCGAGAUGACGUCGACAUUACAGACACUUUGAUUACAGUAACUGAUGACCUGGAUAAAGGGACAGACGAUAAGAAGCCUGAUGCUGGUGACAGCGAGCUUGAUGAACUCCUCCUCAAUGUGAAAUCAAUAGACCUGAUGAAAGGCAAAUCAGGGGAGAACCGCACACAGCACCACACCGACCUCUACCAAAGUGACGCCUUUAUUAUUCGCAGAGGACAGAAUUUCCAUAUGUGGAUUACUCUGUCUCGACCCUUUGACCCCAGCACUGACAAACUUCACCUCGAUCUUAAAACAGGGCCGCUGCCAACAGUGUCAAAAGGAACCCAUGUAAUUGUCCCUUUGGUGGAGGAGUUGGAGGGCAAUCGUUGGGAGGCUUCUAUUGUGAGUCAGGACGACAAAAGGAUGAAGCUGUCUGUGAAUUCUCUCCCCACGGCGCUCAUUGGCCGAUAUCAAAUAAUAGUGGAGACGCAUUGUGCAAAUGGCCAGGCAGUUUCUACACAUGACCCUGCUAAUGACAUCCUUAUGCUGUUCAACCCCUGGUGUGAAGAUGACACAGUGUUCAUGGAUGCUGAAGACGAGAGGCAGGAAUAUGUCCUGAAUGAUAUCGGAAAAAUCUACUAUGGCACCAUGGAUCAAAUUGGAGUGCGGACCUGGGACUAUGGACAGUUCCAAGAUGGGAUUCUUGCUGCUUGUAUCUUUGUCCUGGAAAAGAGUGGAACUCCUCCGUCAGGGUGGGGAGACCCGAUUAAUGUGGUGCGAGUAGUCUCAGCCAUGAUCAACUCCCCAGAUGACCUAGGUGUCGUGGAAGGAGACUGGUCCGGAAACUAUUUGGCUGGGACUAGUCCAACAGUUUGGAGUGGAAGUGUGGAAAUCCUGAAGGAAUAUCAUAAAAACAAUGGAAACCCUGUUAAGUAUGGCCAAUGCUGGGUCUUUGCUGGAGUAUUCACCACAGUCUUACGCUGUUUAGGCAUUCCCGGUCGAACUGUGACCAACUUCAGCUCAGCUCAUGACACAGACGUCUCCUUGACAACAGACGUAUACCUGGACGAGAGCCUGGAGCCUAUGGAGCUCCUCAAUGCUGACUCUAUCUGGAACUUCCAUGUGUGGAACGAUGCCUGGAUGGCGCGUCCAGACUUGCCUGCAGGCAACGGAGGCUGGCAAGCUGUGGACGCCACGCCUCAGGAGACGAGUCAGGGCACCUUCCGCUGCGGCCCGGCGUCUCUCACUGCAGUACGCAAUGGACAGGUCUUCCUGAAACAUGACAUCCCAUUUGUGUUCGCUGAGGUGAAUAGCGAUAAAAUCUACUGGCAGAAGAAAGAUGGGACCUUCAGUCAAAUAUACAGUGAGAAAAAGGUUGUGG